AGGCGACCAAAAGCUUGCGGAAUUUGUGAACGAAGAAAUCGCCGUGAAGAAAGUGCAGAAGACUUCACCUUUGCCCAAGACUGCUUGCGCUCCUUCGACCUAACCGUGGACGACAGUCGCGUCGUGUUUCAGCGCACUAUCCAGAACGAAGUAUCUUUUCACAAUCGACGAAGUGCGCAUCUUUGAGAAGGAAUCGUGGUGAAACCUAUGCUGUGUCUGAAUCUGGAGACGUUUUAAAUGAGUGAGAAGAUCAUGGCAAAUAUGCCGACAAUAGCCGGCGCAGUUUGGUUCUGCUUAGUGACCCCGGCUUGUCUUGAGCCCAGGGCGAUCAGGGAAAUCAAUCUGGGCCAGACGGGCCCGAAAAUUAGUGACCCACACUCCCAGGGACCUGGGGUCAAUUUCCGCGCGACGGGCCUGACGAUUAGUGACGACAGGGAAGAUGGCGGCGAUCCAGAACCCAGCAGACGCAAACAUGGCUGCGAUUCUCGAGACGAGGCGCAGUUCUACGAACCGUUGGCUCUUGCAGAAGAGGAAGCGGAAGACGGAUCAGGGAAGCCGGAUGUUGGAGCCGCCAGGAUGAGGAAACCCGUCGCAGGCGCCGCUCAAUUCGGAGAAAAUGUCGUCAAGAUCGGAUUGAUCGCGACUUACCAGGCCGCCAACGUGAUUUUGGGCGCCAUUCCGAAGGCGGUGGCGGAUGUGAAUGCAAGACCGGACUUGCUACCCGACGCUGUUCUGGUUUAUUCUGCGGCGGAUGUCGGCACUUCCAAGGCGUCCGAAGUCAACAAGCUCAAGAGGAUGACUGCAAUGAGAGAACAAGGAGUGGUUGGGUUCAUUUCUGUGGACACUGAGUGUUACGCUGAUGCUUUGGCUGCUUCUGCCUGGAACCUCCCUAUGAUCACCAGUAUGUGUGCAGACGAAUCGGUGACGGAUAAAAACGUUUACACAACCUUCUUGAGGACUUUGUCUCCGUCAAACAAGAUUUCCAAAUCAGUCGUGGCUCUGUUGAGGGAAUUUGGUUGGAACAUGGUGUAUUUAGUUGUGGAUCAACGACCCGAAUUCUCUCAAAUCGCUGGUGCUAUUGAGUCACUGUCAGCUGCAAGCGGGAUACGAAUAAUAGGAAGGACGGAUUUUUCUGAUUACCGUCGAUUCCCGUCUUCUGAACUAGAAGCGAUUAUCUGGAAAACACUGAAAAACACUCGCAUUUAUGUGUUCAUCGGAGAGCAUCUGGCUCUGGUCGAUUUCAUGAGGUAUUUCCACAUCACUGGAUAUCUGGCAACCGGGGAAUACAUGGUGCUUUCCAUUGAUGAUGCAGUGUAUGAUCCCGAGGGUUCAAAGGAUCAAUACAUGAUCGUUGAUUAUUUGGAUCCAUUCGGCGGAUAUGCGAACAUCACGAAAGAAUUGAUGGCGCCUUUCGAGCACUUGCUGAAAGUUGCCCCGACUCACACCAUCAAUGAUAAUUACAGCCGGAUUGCGAGAGAAAUGAAACAAAGAGCCCACGCGGCGCCUUUUUGCGUUCCAUUUCAUGAACUCAUUUCUGAAAGUUGGUGGAUGCCUUUGACAGCAGCUCUAGCAUAUGAUUCAGUUCUUCUGUACGCAAAAGCCGCGACAGAAGUUCUUGAAAAUGGCGGCGAUCUUAAAAAUGGCUCCGAAAUCAUGUCCCGAAUUCUUGGAACGUGGUAUGACUCUGUCCUGGGAUUUCAGACGAAAAUAGAUGAAAACGGAGACGCGGAAGGGAAUUACACGGUGAUUGCACUUUUGGAAGACCCCACGGCAUCAUUGGGCAAAAGCAUGCAACCAGUGGCUCACUUUUUGUACAAUUUGUCUUCCCACCAGACGAGAUCAGACAACAACCUGCUGCCAGUGAGAAUCNGGAAGUCAAAGAAUAAAUUGGAUUAUUUGGAUCCAUUCGGCGGAUAUGCGAACAUCACGAAAGAAUUGAUGGCGCCUUUCGAGCACUUGCUGAAAGUUGCCCCGACUCACACCAUCAAUGAUAAUUACAGCCGGAUUGCGAGAGAAAUGAAACAAAGAGCCCACGCGGCGCCUUUUUGCGUUCCAUUUCAUGAACUCAUUUCUGAAAGUUGGUGGAUGCCUUUGACAGCAGCUCUAGCAUAUGAUUCAGUUCUUCUGUACGCAAAAGCCGCGACAGAAGUUCUUGAAAAUGGCGGCGAUCUUAAAAAUGGCUCCGAAAUCAUGUCCCGAAUUCUUGGAACGUGGUAUGACUCUGUCCUGGGAUUUCAGAACUUCAAAUAUUUGGACCCCAUGAAACAAAUCAGCUGGUGGAAAGGUGCUCCACCAAGAGCUGAACCAGAAUGUGGUUUUGAUGGUUCCAAGUGUGACCAUGGAGCCAACUGGAGUGCUGUUGCACUUGGCAGUCUGGUUGGAUGCAUAAUAUUGAUUGGUGUUGCAACAUUGUUCAGACACUACAGGUAUGAGCAGAAACUUGCUUGUCUGUUGUGGAAAAUUGACGCGAAAGACCUUGUGGUACUCAUCCCUUCAGAUGAUGAAGAUUUUCUUGAAAAUACAAUUCAAGCAGACGAAGAGGACGCUAAUAGUGGCACGAAUUUGAAUUCCGAGACCAAUUUUGGCAACGAUUCAGCAGAGACGGGAGGCAGUCGGAAAUGCAGCAACACGCGAUACGCGCCAUCCCCGACCCAAAGCUACGAUUCUGCGCUUUUUCUCCUGGAUCCCGACUCUCGUCAAGACUUGUCGUCGAUCUGUUUCGCGGCCCAGCUUUCGACACCAACAAACAGCCGCGGGCCUGGAACUGUGCCAGGCAGAUACAGAGGGGAAUUGGUGGCGAUUAAGCCGCUGACGAGGCGAAGUGUCGACCUGACGAGAGCAGUGAGGAAGGAGUUGCAAACUCACGGAAUCUUGGGUGCCUGUGUUGACCCCGGGAAUGUGUGCAUAGUGACGGCUUACUGCGCCCGAGGCAGUCUGGAGGACAUCCUUCAAGAACGCAGUCUCGUGCUGGACAUGUACAAGUUCCGCAGCGACGAGAAACUAGAGUAG